AUGCGCACUCCUCAUAACUUUCUAUUACACCUCAAUGAAUCUAUCCUCCCCGAGCUCACAGAAGCCACGGCCCGGCGAUGGAUGGUACAUGCCGGGUACAAGUUCGGCUCGUGGAGGAAGGAUGUUUAUGUCGAUGGCCAUGAGCGACAAGAUGUUGUGGAAUACCGAAAGGUUUUCUGCUCGACAUGGCUGAGUCUUAGCGAGCGGAUGGCGUCAUUUUCGGGGGAGGCCAUGGACAUAUUGGAGUCUCCCAAUGACGUCUCACAGAAGCAGGUUGUAUGGGUGACUCACGACGAAUCCAUCUUCUACGCCAACGACGACGGGGAAAUGAAGUCGAUCCUGGAGGAGACGAUUGUGGCUGCUGGUCAUGUGUGCUUGUUCUUCCCCAAGUACCACUGCGAACUCAACCCCAUCGAGUCGUAUUGGGGUGCGGCAAAGCGCCACGCACGAUCCAACGAGGAUAAAAUAUUGCCACAUAAGAAUUGCUGA